AUGGAUCAACAGAACAAAUUGUUAGCGAUGCUGAAAUCAGCUACAACAAUUCCUUCUUCUUCCUCUCCUUCACAAUCUCAAGGGUCAGAUAUCUCAUCGCAUACUUCUUCUCGUGAACAUCAACAAUCACAAUCGCAACCACAACCACAAUCGACUUCACAGUAUUUGAUACCACCUAAUCUGGGCUCACCUAGAGAACCAUCACCUUCUCCACCGCCCCCAAGUUUACAAGCUGUAUCAUUGCAAGAUCUAUUCAAGAACAUCUCUUCCCCACCCCCACCGGCGGCCCCUGUCACAAGUUCAACUGGUUUACCUUCUGUCACUAGUCCUACUCCAUUUGACCAAAAGAACAAGUUGUUAGGAAUGUUGAGCAUAAUCGUACAACCUACUCCUUCCUCAACAGGUAUCAUCACUCCUCCCUCAGUAAGUGGGGUUUCGACUACUCCCACCACCCAAGAAAAAGGUGAUCUUUUAUCAAUUUUCAAGACUAACCAUCCUGAUACCGUACCUUCAUCUCCUACGGGUCAAGGUCCAGUCAUCAACCACCUUACAGGUUUCUCCUCUCCUUCUUCCGCCAACCCUGUGGAAGCUCAACGUACAGGCAAUUCUACCAAUUCGUCUCAAGCCAAAUCUUCCAUAGUAGAAGAGAAGAUUUCUACACCUUCAACAAAAGCAGACGAAACGCCAAAGAAGAGUAUAUUCCAUUUUGACUCUCCAUUCGAUGCUUUCACUCAGCCACCGAGAUCUCGUCAAACUUCCUCAGCGCAACUUCCCAAACCUCAAUCUUCAAUUGUAUCCACGCCAAAAGAUAUCAAACCGAGACUUGACGAUGAGCAUGAUCUGAGUCGAGUGAAAUCGAUUGACAAACUCGCUAAUAAAGGUAGAGGUUCCCCUUUGAAGUCAUCUCAAACAGAUCAAAAACCUUAUGAACCUCCAAAAACGAUCACUCAAGAAGUCUCGGUACAUGAGUUACCUCAAAAUGAGAUUGAUGAGAAACUGAAAGAUACGUGGCAAAUUGGCAAAAUCGUAAAAGAUGAACAAGGAAAAGGUCCUAAAGCUCUCACUACUCACACAACCAUCGACCUAUCGAAACCCAACCUCGAUUCCCUUGUCAAUACCGGAAACACAGUCCAGGUGGUGCCCACCACCUUGAUGCGAACAGACAGUCUGUCGUACAGAAAAGGAAGACGAGUGGGAAUCACCAAUACAUACAUUGCAUAUACAAUGUCGAAAGGUCGAGUUCGAUUAAUUGACAGCUCUUCUGGUGCUCGACUCGUGAUCCAACUACCAUCUACCGCAUCAUGUGGUCCAGUGAUCGACUUGGCAGUCACCUCAAAUUACGUUGCUACGAUCGGAUGGGACAAAGCAAUAGUCGUCCAUCGAGUUCCGCAGGAUUGGAAGAAGGACGAUCCUAAAAUCGAGAUUGUCCUCUUCUGCCUCGGGGUCUUUGGACCACUUGGCUCGCCUUCGAAGAUUGAGUGGGUCAAGAAAGAUGGCCUCGAUUGGUUGGCGGUAGCUGGUAGCAAAGGUGUCGUCUUAAUCAACCCCGCAGUGCAUGGCAAAGGUGGUGAAGUAAUAUCCAUGGAAGACAUCUGUAAAGAGGUCAAAAUGCUCAAGACAGACGGGUCUGUGGUCGACUUCUGUCUCAAUCACUCUCAUCAAGCUAUUGGUCUUUUAUCUUCCACUUCAUACUGCACUCUUUACAAUGUUGCCAAUCUGAACAGAGUAUGGCAUCGAUGUCUCCCAACCAAAUCCCUGACGGCAGAGCCGUCUUCAAUGCAAUUUUGCGAAUCAAACAUUCUUGUGGGCCGAGCGAACAAUACUCAUUAUGACUUGGUUCAGAUCACAGUUGAUCUCGCAGUCUUAUCAACCAUCAAGUUCAUUGCCCCUUCCCCAUGCCCUGAAAAUCUGAACUAUACUCAAGCAGUAUACGAUACAGCCAGAUCAGCCUUGUACAUCGCUCCUUUCGCUAGAGGAAGUAUUUACGCUUUCAAGUAUGCUCUGAAAGGUCAGCAACCAAUCAAGAAUGUCUCAAUACCUGAUGGAUCGAAAGUUGUCGCUUUCGACAAAGUUGCCGAAUACCCUCUUGAACCGGUACUCAGUCUUGUUUUAGCUAAGAAAGGGGUCGACAAAGAUUCCGAGAUUCUCUUCGCUACAGCUCAAGGAUUUAGUCAAGCUAGCAUUUCUCGUGAAGCCUAUAACGCUCUCAAAGCUUCAAACACUCAUCAAGUACAAGAAGGCUCAGUCCCACCCCCUGCGCCUGCUGUUCCUGCUGCACCUGCUGCACCGGCCAAGACCGCUCCUGUCUCUAAAUCACCUAAUGGGAAGGUGGAUGCUCCUAAAGUUAAAUCGGUCACAGCACCCAAAAUUCCCAGCAAUAAACCAUCCCCGGCCAUUGUAAAGACUGAGCUCCCCUCUGCUUCUGAAGACGAGGCUGCGAUACAGGCCAGACCAAAAGUACAGUCGAGAAAGGGCAGUAUCGCUCCCGCGACAAUUGCAGAUGCUGACGAAAAUAACGCCGUUGUAUUCAACCAAGAAGAGCUCAAUAAAUCUUUAAAGAAGACCGAAGACAGACUUUCUAACCACCUCAAACAGCUCAUCAAGAACGAAAUCACUGCGCUAAAUGUGCGACUCGACGGUCUUACCGGUCCAGACUUCGCGGCAGAUAUCUCUACAAGAAUCGAAAGACAAGUCAAGGCGUCUUUGAGUAACACCAUCACCCAAGAGAUCAAGAGAUCUCUUAUACCUGCUGCUACCGCUUCGAUCCAACAAGAAAUUCGAACAGUAACAAGUAAUCAAGUUCCUGCGGCGAUCUUCGAUGCUCUCCAAACAGUCCCCAAGGAAUUGGAGAAAGGAUUGACUCCUGUAGUACAGAAGACCAUAGCUAAUCUCGUUCAAAAUGCUAUGGAUAAAACAGUUCAAGAGGGGAUUCAACACACACUCCUACCAGCAAUGACUCAAGCGUCCACAAGUAUAGUAGAGCAGCUAUCAUCAGAUCUCAGAUCAGAAAUGCUUCAAAUCCGAAAAGAACUUUCCCCACCUUCCAAUGAAGGUCAAUUAGCCAAUGAUCAGUUACUCAAAAGCAUGGCCGCUUCCAUCGCCGAAUUACAAAAGCAAGUACUCACUCUCUCGGAACAUAUCAAAUCAGCACCUACGGCUCCCACACCAUCUGCACACGCACCCGGUCCCAAUGGGGCUUUAUCACCUUCUGUUCCUGCUGUUUUUCCAACUACAAGCUCUGCUCCUCCACCUCUACCUCCUCAACCACCUGUUGGUUUAUCAGUACCAUCAGCCAGUCAUUUGGAAGAUACAUUCCUUUCUGCACUCGGAGCUCAGAAUACUUCGUCAACCUUGCGACUUGUGGCUGAUCACUUAGCUAUAACUGAAUACUGUUUACCCAAUCAAGGGAAAAGUCCACUUUCCCAAGCAGUACUUCUCACGUUACUCCACAGACUUGCUAUUGUUCUAUCGGAAAUUCAAAGUACUCAUUCUAUGUUUGCUCAAGUCGUAGGAUGGGAGAGAAGAACUGCCCUUUUAGUCGAUCCGAAAGACCAAAACAUCGCAUCAUAUAUCUCGAGAGUAUUAUCAGUAGUCCAAAGUCAACUCACUAUGGUAAUGAACAAUCUCCAAAAACAUCCUGAACCAAACACGCAGAGUCACAUGGUGGCUGUUAGUAAUAUCAUGGAGGUGUUAAGGCAGAAAAUUGCCUUCUAG